AUGGGGAGCGUGGCGCAGCGGGUGCCGAUCUUCCUGGGGCGCCUGCUGUCCGUGUACACGGGCAACGCGUCCAACGCCCCCGGGGACCACGACCGCUUCCUGCACGACACCCGCCACUCGCACUUUGCCAUCGCCCGCUCGCUGGGGCACCGGCUGCAGGAGGGCCACGAGUGGACGAUGUCUGGCCACGGCGCGGGCUAUGCUGGGGCCGGACACUGUAGGAGGCGCCGAAGUUCGGCACCGAGGAGUGCGGCACGAGGUGCCUGGACGGCGAGCACUGGUGCGGCUGCGACCCCGCGGGGUCGGAGGUCGAGGUAUUCGCCUGCCCCGGGGGUGAGCGCCGCUUCGCCGCCUACGCGCUGCCCGACAGGAGAACGGCUCCCGCGCGGUGGCCGCGCCCGAGAGGGCGGCUUGGCACCUCGGCGAGGGUGA